AUGUCAGCCUCGGACGCAGCGGCAAGGCUUGUUGCUGUUGCCGGCAGCUUGCGGCUCAGGCCUGCCUGGCUUGAUCAGCAACGAGACCAGAUAGGUAGCAACUUGUCAGUUGAGCAGGCUGCAGACAGAUUGCUGCAGCGCCUCGCCGUCGCAGAUUUGCGAGAUGCCUGCGAUGGUUCGUUGCCGCCCCAUCUCGACCGACUGCAUGAUAUUCGUGUUGAGGGCCAGCACCUCUUGCAGAUGUUGCAGAAGGUGGACAUUGCAAAUCCAUCGGCUCCAGAUGAUUCAGUCGAGGGGGACUUUCAGGAUGGGCUGUCCGAGGAAGUUUCCCGAAGACAAGGUGGCAGACAAAGACCGGCACUCUUGAAGGUGUUGUUGACAGAUGGCAUUCAGGCUGUCUGUGGUAUCGAGCGGCGGCCGAUUGCUGCUUUGCGACAGGCCAUUCCAGGAUCCAAGCUGGUCCUGGGCAACAGACCUUUGCUGAGACGGGGCCUGCUGCUCCUCGAGCCUACAAAUGUGGAAGUUGCCUGA